AAUUUGAUAGUUUGCUGGAGGCACCGUUUGGCAGUUCGCGCAAAUCAGCAGCUCAGUCAGAGGAGUCGUUCCUCACACCCUCCUCUUCUACUCAAAGUCAAACUCAAACUCAAAGGCGUCUUCUCUUUCUACUAGACGACCUCAAAAAGCAAAAAACCCUCCGUUACAAAGGCACACAAAUAUUAUUGAUGGCGGUCGUGGAGAUCUCGAGAGAGACGACAGCAAAAACGCUGCGAAAUGCGUUUGGCAAUGUGCUAUCUUUCUUCAUUCUCCUCUUGAGUGGAGUUCUGGCGUUCUCGAUCCGCCUUUUCUCUGUAAUAAAGUACGAGAGUGUUAUUCACGAGUUCGAUCCGUAUUUCAAUUACAGAGUCACCCAGUUUUUGACAAAGAAUGGGGUUUAUGACUUUUGGAAUUGGUUUGAUGAUCGAACCUGGUAUCCUCUUGGUCGUGUGAUUGGUGGAACUGUUUACCCUGGGUUGACCUUGACAGCAGGCACACUUUGGUGGUUAUUGAAUUCCUUGAACAUUCCAUUGUCUGUCGAGUCUGUUUGUGUAUUCACUGUACCAAUUUUCUCUGCAUUUGCUUCAUGGGCGACUUACCUUGUGACCAAGGCAGUUAAGGGUACUGGUGCAGGACUGACAGCAGCUGUUCUUUUGGCCAUGGUAAAUUAUUUAACGGACAUUGAAUACAGGACCCCUCUUUUACGCCGCUUUAAAUGCCUUGGCAUAAUUUUACAUGGUACAAGUCAUGGGCUUAGGGACAAUUUUUUAAAGAACAUACCUGAUGCAAGUUCGGGUAUUCCAAGUGACAGCACUCUAGUUCAAAGCAAGCAAAGCAAGCAGAAGGCCAUAAUAAUUGACAGGGAUCAAGCUAAUUCAAGUAAAGGGAUGCAUUCAUUUGAUACAACAAAUACUUGGUAUUUUCAUAGUCAAUUAUAUGAUACUAUGAAAGGAACUUGAUUUGUUGUUAGUAUAAGUUAGUAUUAUGAA